CAAUUCAAACGAACAACAACCGCUAAUACUUAUGCUAUAGUGUCUAGCAACCUCGUCCCUCUUACCGUCAUCAAGGGCGCUGGCCACGAGUUCAUUCCCCUUCCCCAGGGCGAGAACGCAACUACAGCCGAUUUCCAUUCUAUCCGCACACAAACGGAAUCCCCCGCUUACUUUACGUCGGGAUUCUACAAGAUUGAGGCCGGCCCUCAACGACCCGCCCACUACACUUUCGAGGAGACGAAGUAUGUCCUGAGUGGUCAGAUUGAUGUUUUGGACGAGGCUACUGGAAUCACCCACCACCUAGUUCCAGGCGACUUUGCUUUCUUCCACGUCGGAUCCAAGGUCAAGUUCUCAACCAAGUCCCAAGGAUUUGCCUUCUACGCCGUGACUCGACCCGUUCGCACUCCCCACCCUAACCUGCAAGGCCGGGAGGAGAGCAAGUCUAAGUUGUAA